AUGUCGAGAACGGGCAGAACGCAACAUCGUCGUGGAGGGUUCAGGUCGACGGCCCGGAAGUUGAUGGGGAUUUAUUUGGGCGGAGCUCUGCUGUUUUCGGGCGGAGGCUCUGUGGCUGCCGAGCCGGUGGAGGGGCUUCUUCGUCGGAAUUUGUCUUCAGGUGCCACCGGCACCCAGGGUGAAUCAGGGGCCGCAGAAGCUGUUGUCGCAACCUGUACGGCGGCAAGCGGGGAUGCCGUCACCCCGACUGCCACGACGUUGACGUUGUCAUCGAGGACCCUCGUCGCUACCUUAAAGUGCGUGGGUCAAAGCAUGAAAGCGCUGCCGACAGAUAUGGCCACAGUCUGCGUGGAAGAAGCCGCCGCCGGAAAAGAACUGGAAUCCUCUAACUGCUCUAUUGGAGGCACUAACAUGGGCGACCCGGUAAAGCUGCAAGAACUCCUGGGAACAAAUGACCCGGUCCAGUGGAAAGCAAUCUCUUCUUCUGACGGCAAGAAUCAAGGGGAAUCUCGGAUGCUCGAGCUAUCCGAGGCAAGCCUUCCUCGAACUGACAAAUCAUUCAUGGUCGGAUGUCAAAAAAGUACCAAAUCCCCAUGCAAAGUCACAGUCAAUGUAAAUGCAAGGCCAUCAUCUGUAGAUGACAAAAAUGUAGUCACCUGUGCAUACGGCAAGGACAGCAACCCGAAGCCCGUUGAAGUCGAGAUGUCGGAAGACAAAAACACUCUCACCAUUGACUGUGGCACCAACGCAUCGAUGUAUCCUCAGGACUACACCUCUCACUACUGCGCCCCCGAAUCAGAAAGCAAGGAACAAUGCAUAAAGAAGAACUAUUCCGACGUUCUCGGAUCUUUUACGAGCACCUGGUGGAGUGCAGACCAAGACGGUACAUCGGCUACUCUAACUAUCCCCCAGACAGACUUCCCGCCUGAGGACCAGAGCCUGCUCCUAGCCUGUUUUCCUAAAUAUCUUUCGGACAAGGAAUCCCGACACACAGACAGUGUACCUCAUUCUGUGACUGGGAUUACCGCUUGCCGUGUGCUUGUGACUGUCAAGAAGGCCAACUCCGCCUCCACUGCAUCGCCCUCUCCGUACACAGUAGCUACAGCCUCUGGAGCGGCUCUCCUCGCGGGGCUUCUUGUGGGGUCCUUCUAG